CAGGAAUCGUAUCGUGCGGAAUUUCACUUACGUGGGCAAUGAAACUACGACGUCCAAACUAGUAAUAAUUAAUGAUUUUAUGCAAAUAAUUGAAGUUAAAAAUAAAAAAAGUGAAAAUUUUGGAAUAAAUUUUAUUUCCAAGAACAGCACAGAAUGUGAAGGAAUAAAUUCAGCGUUAUUCAAAGAAGACUGAAGGCUAAACAAUAACUUAAAACACUAUUAAAAUGUGUUAAUAUUAAUAAAUAUUAAUCUCUAAUUAAUUAAUUAAUAAUCUUGUGAAUUAUAAACACAAUGGCGUCGUGCAAUCAUUCAAAUUGUUUUCCAAUUGAACGUUUGGAGGUUACCAAUGUGACACUGGCAGUAGCGCUCACAGCAAGCAGCGCCAUCUCCACGGAAACCAACGAAACUAUAAAUGUCACUACAAAUUCGAUGUUUGACGGCAUCAGUGAUGAAGAAUUCAUUUACGAUCACACCUAUGUGCGCAUCAUCUUCAUCACCUUGUACAGCAUCGUGUUCUGCUUGUGUUUCUUCGGCAACUUGCUCGUCAUACUUGUCGUCACGCUGAGUCGCCGUCUGCGCUCCAUUACGAACUUCUUCCUGGCAAAUCUGGCGGUCGCCGACUUCUGCGUUGGCAUCUUCUGCGUCUACCAGAAUCUACUCAUCUAUUUGACUAGCAACUGGAUAUUGGGGGAUUACCUCUGCAAAAUGUAUCAUUUCGUCACUUCGUUGAGUUACACGGCAAGCAUCUUCAUCUUGGUCGUCAUCUGUACGGAGCGAUACUUUGCCAUCAUUUAUCCGAUUACGUGCAAACAGAUUCUGACUCCGAGGCGAUUACGGUUGGUAAUUCUCGCCGUAUGGAUAACAAGCGCAUUAUACAGCGCCCCCAAGUUCUUCUGGGUAAACACCGUAAGCAACGAAAUCGACGGUAAAAUCGAAAUCUUCUGCGCCCCCAACCGCAAAAUGUACAAUUCCGAGCUCUUCGACAUGAUCAACUUCGUCCUCCUCUACGUCAUCCCACUCGCCAUCAUGACCUUGUUGUACACGCGGAUCGCAGUGGGACUGUGGACGAGCUCGAGACAACUCGAGAAACAAUUGAACGCGUCGGCGAACAACGGCGAGUCAAAUUGCAGCCGACAGUCGAGCAGGUACAAGAAUCACGGCGAGGUGAAGAUCACUUCGGCAGAUGCGAAAGCCCUCCAGAACCCACUUCUAGCCAACCCCAACUCCAGCCAGAACGUGCUGCGGGCGCGCCGCGGCGUCAUUCGCAUGUUGAUCAUCGUCGUCCUGACGUUCGCCCUCUGCAACCUGCCCUUUCAUGCGCGCAAAAUGUGGCAAUACUGGUCUGCGGGCUAUCGGGGCGACACGACUUUCUCGAUGCUCCUCACCCCGCUCACCUUCCUGCUGACCUACUUCAAUUCGGGUGUCAAUCCAUUACUCUACGCGUUCCUAUCGCGUAACUUCCGAAGGGGAAUGCGUGAGAUAUUAAUGUGCUCGUAUCGUGGCAACCGUAGGCAACCAAGUCAUCGCACGCAACAUUUAAUAGGACUACAUGGAGGGAUUCAACGACAUGCAUCGACUCGUUCAACGAUCAAAAAUAAUGUUACAACGGUGACGAUUAUUAACAAUGAGCACAGCUCGGAUUGCUCGCAUGAACUUUGAGGGUGCGCUCCGUGUCUGUACUGUUCGCGGUACGGAUGAGACCAUGGAAGUGAGUAUGUUCAUUUGGAGAAUAUCACUGAGGAGGAAAUCCAGACGAACUUAUAGUACUGCUAGCGCCAUCUAUCGGCAACAGGGUGAUAUCAAUAUGAAAAUGGAAUUGACUGUGGCACAGCUAACACUGGCAACGAAGUGGAAUAAACAUAUUUUCUUUUACAAUCAUAAGCUCCGAAAUGCAACUGGGGCUGUAUUAUGUCGUCUUUGUACAUAUUUCUAAUAAUCAUCAAGUCUGUGUUAAGUAUUUUUAUACCAAAGUACUAAAUAUUUUAUGUCAAUGUUAUAACUUACUAUGUUGGUGUAUAAAAAGUCUGAACGGAUGACGGAGAGCCCGGAGACGUAUACAAUACAAAAAUCUAUUUAUUGUAAUAUAUUAUUAUUAUAACUAACACGUUUUCACUAUGAUGAAAUAAAUGUGAUGUCUAAUGUCAAAAAAAUGCCAAACAA